AUGGAAGAAGAUUCAGCCGCCCACGGCUCCCCCGGCAGCGGCAGUGGCACUUCGCCAGAUGGAAAUCCUGUUUUGGAGAGCCCGCCGCUGCUGCAACCCCCCCACGGCGCCGCCGCCGGUGGCCAAGACGUCCACAUGUCAGAAGCCAAGGCGACAGAGUCGAGCGACGUGCCCGAGGACAGCCCCCCAUCCGUUCCCGUCGUCGCUUCCCACGACGGUACACCUAGUGCUCCCGAGGGCCCCGCUACCGAUUCCAUGACCCGUGCCGACCAAGAGAUGGGCGACGCACCGCCUGCACCCGCCCCCACAAGCCCCGAGGAAUCGGCGGCCCCUGCCCACGCCAGCAGCGCCUCGACGAGAGAGAACGGCGGCGACGCAGAUGCCCAUUCUGGUCACGAGGACAUGGCCACCGGCCACGAAGCGUCCGCUACUGGUCAGGCAGCUGCCGCCGGUACCACGACCGAUCACGCUGCCGCGGGUGCCGUGCUGGGAGCUGGCAGCCCUGCGCAGGCAGAGACGGGCAUCACCGACAUGGCUACCGAUACGACGACUGGUGCCAUUGCUGGUCCGGACGUCAAGUCGAAGCAAGCGAUGGAGUCGGCAGCGCGUGCCCACCUCGCAGCCCAGACGCACGCCAUCGUCCUGCCGAGCUACAGCACCUGGUUCGACAUGAACGCCAUCCACACCAUCGAGCGAAAGGCGCUGGCCGAGUUUUUCAGCAACAGGAACAGGAGCAAGACGGCGGCCGUCUACAAGGACUAUCGUGACUUCAUGAUCAACACCUAUCGUCUCAACCCUUCCGAGUACCUCACCGUCACGGCCGCGAGGCGCAACCUUGCCGGCGACGUGUGCUCCAUCAUGAGAGUCCAUGCCUUCCUCGAGCAAUGGGGAUUGAUCAACUACCAGGUGGACGCGGAUCAAAGACCGUCGCACGUUGGCCCACCCUUCACCGGUCACUUCAAGAUCAUAUGCGACACCCCCCGUGGCCUCCAAGCAUGGCAGCCGUCGGCCGAUCCGGUCGUGCUCGAGGGCAAGAAGCACGUGGACACGGACAGGAAGGCGAGCACGCCGACGGCGGCCAAGGCGGACAUGAACCUCGAGAUCGGCCGAAACGUGUACGAGGCCAACGCCAAGAUGACGGCCGUGGCCAAGACGGAAACGAACGCCAACGACGAGGCGCCCAUGACGAACGGCGUCUCGAGCGCGGGCGAGCCCGCCGGCGCCCCACUGUCUCCCGUCUUCUGCUGCCAGUGCGGCAACGACUGCACGCGGGUGUACUUCCACUUCUCGCAGAUGGACCCGAUGGCCAAGUCCAAGCAGACCGACCUGUGCCCCGUGUGCUUCACGGGCGGCCGGAUACCCGCCAACCACACGACGAGCAUGUAUACCAAGAUGGAGAACAAGAACUACACAAAGGGCGUCGGCCUGGGCCUGCCAUGGACCGAUGCCGAGCUGCUCCGCCUCCUCGAAGGGCUCGAGCGGUUCGACGAGGAUUGGGGAGAGAUCGCGGACCACGUGGGCACGCGGACCCGCGAGGAGUGCGUCCUGCAAUUCCUGCAGCUCGACAUCGAGGAGAAGUACCUAGACUCGGAGACGGCCGUCAACCCUCCGACGGGCAUGUCCUACCUCGGCGCCCAGCGUGGCACGUUGCCGUUCAACGUCGUCGACAACCCCGUCCUGUCCAUCGUCGGCUUCCUCGCGAGCCUUGCCGACCCCGAGACGACGGCGACGGCGGCAAGGACGUCGGCCGACGAGCUGAAACGCAGCCUUCGGAAGCAGCUCAACGGCGCGACCGACGAGGGCAAGGCGGGCGGCAACGACGGUGAGGAGCCGGCGCCGGCGGCCGAUUCGAUGGAGGUGGACGCUCGCGAGGAGCCGGCGCCAGCGACGAAGACGGAGACGAAGAAGAAGAGCAAGGCCGAGGUGGCUUCGAUCCCUCUCGCCUCGACGGGUGCUCGGGCGGCGGCGUUUGCGUCGCACGAGGAGCGCGAGAUGACGCGACUGGUGUCGGCGGCCUGCAACGUGAUGCUGCAAAAGCUGGAGCUCAAGCUGAAGUACUUCAACGAGAUGGAAUCGGUGCUGCGGUCGGAGCGGCGCGAGCUCGAGCGGGGCCGCCAGCAGCUGCUGCUCGACCGGCUCGCCUUCCGGCGACGGGUUCGGGACGCCGAGGAGAGCCUCGCGGCGGCGACGGCCGGCACUGGUGGGCAGGGCCGGCGGGACACGUCGACGGUCGCCAGCGCGGGCGAGGCAGAGAAGUUCAAGGUGCAGUUCGCCACGGCGGCGGCGGCGUCGAUGAAGCCUCCGAGCAGCGAAGGGCCGACGAAGACGCACGAAGUGUGA